AUGGAAGAAAAUCUGAUGUUUUACCUUAGAUCCUGGUUCUCGAAAAUAAAAGCCUCAUCAUCUUCUGUUACAAAUCAGGUGUAUACAGAUCAGGCAGAAAACCAGGAGGAACAUAGAUACGAGAGUCGUAGAAGCUCGUCCUCCACAGAGACUGAACCUGUUCUACAGAGGACACCAAAUCAUCAAGACCUGAACAGCUAUACAGAUCUAAGGUUCUCCCAGAUGCAGCCUAUGUAUGACAACUCAAAGGACGAGGAAAUUGUCCAGGAACCUAGAGCACCAUCUGUUGAUUCUCUCCCAUCUCCAAGAAAGAUAAAUGGCAAUAAAAAUGAAGUAAAUGACAACAAUGACGCAGAUCAUGAUGAGGCAUACGAACGAUAUUUUGAACACGAAGGAUACAACGUCUUGUCUCUACGUACACCUUCAAUGGAGAAAUCAAUGACUCUGAGAUCUUUAGAUGCUUCAUUCAAACUCGAGGACAAUGCAGAGGGUAUGCAUGAAGAAUAUGACUCGAUGGAAAUGAAAGAGAAACAGAAAGAAGAAUGCGCGUCAGAGUUAGGGAUAAAGCAAAGUGAAUUCUCUAAAAAAGUACUCAGCCAAAAAAGUUCAAUAGAUGAAACAAUUAAAGAUUAUAUAGAAAGUGCCCAACUGAAUCGAAAACUUGGGAUGAUAAAAGAUAAUGAGACAAGCGCUUUAAAUUCGAUAUCAAAAAGUAAAAGUUUUACCGCCCGAGAGUCGGAUCGCCCAAAGCGUUUUUCUUCACGUCCUUAUAGUUUGGCAAAUAGCAGUUGGCGUAAACGACACACCGCUGGGUUGUCGAAACUUAGCAGAAUAUCAGAUUACGAAGAAGUGUUUUCACUAGAAGACGAAGAAUGUGAUGGAGAUAAACCUAAAUGCUCAGACAGUAAUAUUCAAAGUAACAAUGAGAGUUCCGAUAACCAAUCGAUGGUGACUGUAUCUAUCGAAAAUGAACAUAAGAAACAGCCAAUUUCCCCUGAAGACAAAGAAGAUGAGUUUGAGAAACCAUACGAAGAAAUAGAUUUAUUGGAAAAUGAGUCGCAUAUCAAUACAAAAGAAAAGGACGGAAGUUUUGAACCUGAUCCGUCAGAUGCAUACAGUCAGGUUCAGAAACGACCACAGCUUCAGUUUAAUGACUCCAGUACGCUGUCUGUGGAACUGCUGAAUGAGGAAGGAAAACUAAACACUAAGAUGUAGCUCAAAGUCAUUAAAAAGAAAACGAAGCACUAAGAUGUAGCAAAAUUUCAAUUCAAAAGAUGGCUGUAUUUUUCAAAUAACAUACAUUGUAAAAGAGAACGAUAUUCAAAGUAAUAAACUGUUAUAAAUACUUGUUAUCUGAAAAUUUUGAAAACAAAAACAAAUCAUAAUGUGUCAGCUGUCCAUUGAUUGUCAAUUGUUUUUAACACGUUUUUCGUGCAAUUUUCAUAAAGCUAUUCAAGGGGACUCUAGAUCUAUCAUUUCAACAAAUGUUUUUUUUCGCAUUUUUCGUAUAGUAUAAGUAUUUAGAUCGUGGUGUUCGUAUGUACCUUGUGCCUUUUGAAGUAUUUGGAAAAUAAACACAAUA